AUGAGUCGUUUCGAUGACCAGUCUCUGUCUCUGCAGCCGCUGCCCAAGAGCGUCAAGGUCCGCUCAACUUGCAACGCCUGCCAACAGGCUAAGAUCCGCUGCGGCCAUGAAAAGCCCUCCUGCCGCCGGUGCCAGAAACAGAAUAUCGAAUGCAUCUACAGCAUGUCACGACGGCUAGGAAGACCGGCGAAGAAGCGGGAUCUGGAUGACGACAGCAGCCGUAGAGCGUGCCCUGGGCGUCGGAACGAGAAGAAACCCCGCGGUCCAAAGAAGAGGGCCCGAGAUAAUGAAAAUGAGUCAAACCACGACCAGGCUGCAGAGAAGCAUGUGGAUGAGGCCGCUGAGGAUGGUGAUAGCACCUCUAUUGAGGAGAGCCUGCAACCGCCAAUUAUUCCAGAGUCAAUAGAUCCUAACCCAGGGCCAAUUUCUGUUGCAGAAAACUUGGAUUUCUCACCGGACAGUUGGUUGCAGGACCUGGUCUUGACGCAGAUGCCAGAAGACAGCACUCCUUUCGAUGCGUUUGAUGGAGGCUUUUCCAAGGACCCAACAAGUUCGCUGCUGCCAGAAGCAGGAACAGUCCCUGAUGGCUACGAGAAUACACCAUCCUCGUAUUUCGCCUUGGAUAAUGGCUUCAGAUCACAUCAGGCAUUGGCCAUGGGCUAUAACCACAACAGCACCAACCAUCGAAGCAGCACCGUGAACACGCCAAAUCUAGUCCCCGAAUACCGGGACUGGAAGGAUAGUCGCUUUCUUCCAAAGUCAGAACCCGUCGUUGACGGUCUCUGUCAAUCUUUGUCCUCGUCGAUCGACAAGGCACAUUGCGACUAUGACGAUGACUAUAGCCUGCUGCCUUUCGAGAGUAUGCCAUUGGAACGCACUCCUCCAUUGGCUCCUCCUCCGCAGUUGGACGUUCCCAGUGUUUUCAAUUGCCAGUGCUAUGGACUUGCCAGCCGGGAGCUACUGCAGAUUCAACUGUGCGCAUCCUCAUGUAACGGAUGCUGUUCGAUCGACACAAUCCUGACCUGUCAAAGGGGCCUACAACAUCUCGCAGAUACUGUCCUUCAAUGUGGAAUCUGCUCCAAAACACAGGCAAAUCUGCUGAUGAUUAUUGUUGUUUGUGUUGACAGCUUGAUCGCAAUGCUGGAGACGACGGUAUUCACCAGAAGCAGCCGAAGUCUAGGAUUGGGUCUACUGGGCGUUGACCUGGAGAAUCACACUGACGAUGGUUUUGCAAAUGCUGCUAUCGGCAGAGAAGGCUGUAGCAAUGGCAGCAGCCAUACUGGCCCAUUCAAAUCUCAGAUAAACACGUGCCCUUUGCUGGUCGGUAACUUCCGGGUUCCUCUCGAUGAGAAGAACAGUUUUAUUAGGCAGGUCCUGCAUGCACGGCUAUCUAUACUUCUUGCUACAGUCCGCAAAAUCCGCCAGUGCAUGCAGCAAAUGCUCGCAGCGUCUUCAAGCAGGGGGAGGCUGAUCAUGAUUAUGGAAACGGAUCGACGAGUCCAGCUGGUGAUGAUGAAGAUCAAGAUGUUGGGUUAG